GUCAUAUUUUGGUUUGACGUUUCAGUCGCAUUCCCACAAAUAACAACACGUGCACAUUUGUUAGAACAGCACGACUGAAUAGGAAAUCCGAAGAAAAAAUUGGAUCUUGAUUUAUUUCUACGAAACGAGUGAAUUCAAAUAGUUCAAAAUGGCAUUUGACGAGUUGCCCGGUUUCGAUUUGCCCGACGCAUCGAAUUCAAGCGAAUGGAAGGAUAAAGCGAAACCACCCAAAGCCAAAGGUGGUUUUCAAGUGAUGGGUUUGAGUUUCAACGUGAUAAAAGGCAUCACGAAGCGUGGAUAUAAAAUACCAACGCCAGUACAAAGGAAAACCAUUCCGAUGAUUUUGGAAGGAAGAAAUGUAGUUGCGAUGGCCAAAACAGGUUCGGGUAAAACGGCAUGUUUCUUGAUUCCAUUGUUUGAGAAACUGAAAGCACGUCAAGGUAACACAAAUGCUAGAGCAUUGAUUUUAUCACCAACGCGUGAGUUGGCCGUGCAAACGUUUAAAUUCAUCAAGGAAAUUGGCAAAUACAUGGAUUUACAGACGAUUCUAGUGCUCGGAGGAGAUCCAAUCAACUCACAGUUCCAAGCCAUGCACACAUGCCCCGAUAUCAUCGUGGCGACACCGGGUCGUUUUCUGCAUUUGUGCGUCGAAAUGGACUUGAAAUUAUCGUCAAUUGAAUACGUCGUUUUCGACGAAGCCGAUCGACUUUUCGAAAUGGGUUUCGGAGAGCAACUCAAUGAAACAUUGAAUCGAUUGCCUGAAUCAAAGCAAAUGGUCAUGUUCAGUGCCACCUUGCCAAAAAUGCUGGUCGAUUUUGCAAAGGCCGGAUUGAACGAUCCAGUGCUCAUUCGUCUUGAUGUGGAUUCGAAGCUGCCAGAAAAAUUGAGCCUCAAGUUCGUUCACAUUCGUCCAGAUGAACGAUAUUCAGCUUUGAUAUCCAUAUUGAAGUAUAUCGUGAACGAAGGCUCCCAAACAGUUGUGUUUGUCGCAACACAACAUCAUGUGGAAUUGGUUUCAUAUGUAUUGAAUCAAGCGAAAAUUUCGAAUACGUUCAUCUAUUCGAGCAUGGAUCCAUCGGCUCGAAAGAUUAACACAGCACGUUUCCGAUUGAACAAAGUGUCCGUGUUAAUUGUAACCGAUAUCGCAGCUCGUGGUAUCGAUAUUCCCCAGUUGGAUUAUGUGGUGAACGUUCACUUUCCAGGCAAACCAAAGCUCUUCGUUCAUCGAGUCGGUCGUUGUGCUAGAGCAGGUCGACAUGGUACAGCCUUUUCGCUGGUAUCAACCGAUGACGAAGCGCAUCUUUUGGAUUUGUAUCUCUUUUUGAAUAGAACAUUCGAUAUCAAGAAGACAAGUGAGAUCGGAACAGUUCCGCCGGAGGUACUUGAAGAUGAACAUGAAGCGGUUUUGAGAUGGCUCGCAAAUCAACACAUUUCAGGUGUGUUGAACACGGCCACAAAUGCGUACAAGAAGUAUUUGAGCACAAGGCCCGUAGCAUCGGCGGAUGCCAACAAAAGAGUGAAAGCGAUCAACUUCAACAUGAUCCCGGCAUUGCAUGAUUUCAACGAAUAUUUGUUCGGCGACAAGGCCGACGAGAAGAAAGAUGCAUUGCACGUCAGUCUUUUGACCAAAAUGCAGAGCUAUCGGCCAUCAGGGACAAUUUUCGAAUUGAAUACGCAUCAAAAUUCAACACAGAGCGAAGUGAUGAAGAACAAGCGUCGAGAGCAUGGUAAACUCAUUGAAAAAUUCCAAGAGAAAUCCCAACAAGACGAAGUUGUUCGACAUGAUUUGAUCGAUACGAUGGAGAAUCUGUUGCCAAAGUCAACUGACACCGAAAUUAGUUCGACAUUUUCGAAAGUGGUUUCGGAGCGAAAGCGAAACAUCGAUCAGUUGUAUGAUAACAAGAAGAAAAUGAAGAAAAUCAAAAUGAAGCGGUUGAAAAAGGCGAAAUUGGCGAAGUCAAUUCGUGACACAGAGAAUUACAUCCCAUAUCAUUCGAGUGAUAAGCACACCGAAGAGGGUCUCGCGAUAAAUUCAUUCGAGCGACAGGCUCAAAAUGCUGAAUUGAGCAUAUCAACCAAUACACAGGAUAUGCACUACAAACCGGGCCAGAAGAAAUGGGAUCGAAUUAAGAAGAAAAUGGUAUCGGUGGAAAAUCCAAAGGCAGGCAAAAUUCGUACGGAAUCCGGUAUUUGGAUUCCGGCCACUUACAAAACAGGCCGUUAUGCCGAUUGGAAAGAGAAAACGAAGACAGAAGACAUGGUCCAUCAAGAGAUGGGUCUUGAAGCUCCUAAACGUACAGAGGAAGCAAUAACAACGCAAUGGAAGCGUCACAAUCUAAAAGAGGAGAUAAAGAAACGAGCCGGUGGCAAGACGGGCGAAAUGAAGACAACAGACCAAAUUGUGCGUGAACGUCUUCGACUUGAACUCAUUAAGAAUCGCGAGAAAGUAAACAAGAAGGUCAAGGAUCAUAACCGAAAACGUAGCGCCAGACAACAAAAGAAUAAACAACGCAGAUAGACAACAUAUGGUUUACAUAAUUUCGAAAUUUGCUUUUUAUCGUCGAAUUGAAAGGAAAGUUCAAAAUAAAGUUAUAUUGUAAUAUUUGAAUACCUGUUUAAAAAAUGCAUUUAAGAAUAUUUUAAACCUAAAAA